AUGAAUCAGUUGUACGCGUUGAUUUGUAUCUGCGUGUUUGGUGCCGCAUGCCACCUUUCUUGUGGAAUGGGAAUUACUGAGACGACGUCAAUGUUCAACGGGAUAAUAGGAGGAGGUAUCGCCUUGGAAUGCUUCGUCAAAAGUGUUCCAUUCGGCUUUCCGAAUAUUAACUUCAAGUGGUUGCUUGGAAACAAACCCUUGCACGAUGUGUGCACAGAAGAGGGCAACACUAAGACAGGGAAGUAUGACUAUCACCAUGACAACCACGGUUGCAACUUGACGAUUAACAGCCUCGAGUUAACUGACGAGGGGUGCUACAGAUGCGAAGCUCAAUAUUCGGCUACGACGGUGUGGAAGAAUUCAACCUUGACUGUUAAUGCUCCACCUAAUGAUGUGUGCAUCAUCAACGCCACUACCGGCGAAAUUUAUAGCGGAGACGUGAACGUCGGACCGGACACCGACCAGACCUUUACCUGCCUGGCCACAGACACCAAACCCCCGGCAGUAAUCACCUGGACAUUCGCUGGAAAGAACACAAGCGGCAAGACGAGGGUAGUUGGGACGAGAUUGCACAACACAAGCAGCACGUUUACAGUGCCGUCGUUUCAGCCUGGUCAGCGGGAGAAUCUAACGUGCACGGCAACUGGGGCGGGAGGAAAGGUGGUCACGAAUAUUCGGUUGCUCAGCCAACAUCAAAAAUCAGACCCCUCGAUGCAGAGUCAGAUGUCUUUGAUCUUCAUUGCAGUUGGUAUAGCAGCUGCACUUCUGCUUGUUCUUGUAGCGGCGAUUGUCUGCUGGAAACGCCAAAGGGAUAACGUUCCUUCCGAUGGAAACCAGCCUGUAGUUCACUACACACGGACUGGCCCCGACAGGCCCACGGCGUCUGUGAGUCCUGUCUUGAGCACAGUCGUGGGACCAUCAGAUGCAGGAAAUAUCUACGAAGAAAAUACGUUCCUUCCGAGUAGCCAGUCGCCUCCUGCUGCCACAACGCCCUCUAUCAGUAGCAUUCAAGCAGCAAGGAACUUCCGACGUUACAAUCCCGGCAAUAGGGAAGUUGAGACUGUUGUCCUCCCUGGUCCCCCGGUGGAGCAAAGCGAUAUGCCGACUACCAGCAACCAACAACCCGCCACCAUUAUUUCUAAGGAAGUUCUCAUGUACGCAGACCUCCAUCACACCAAGACACACCCAUUGGGCGUCCCGCCCAUCCGCACUGAGCCUCCCACCCAGUACGCAGACAACGACAACUUCCUGAUAUCAACUCCUGUCGAGAUCCCACCUCUUUUCAGAGACGACGCACCCAGCUUGGGUGUAGAGGGGCAGAGUGUGGAUGAUUUGGAGGAAGGGGGCAAGGAAGAGAGAGCUCCGCCCCGCCCCCUUCGCGGCAACCCGAUCCCUUAUCUGGUACGGGAUUGGCAGAUGUAG